AUGGGUGCCCUGGCUGAUUCUGAGUUCAUUGAUGGCCAUAUAGCUGGGUUCCCCAAGGUCCUGGGAUGCAUUGAUGGCACUCAUGUGCAAAUCAAGCCUCCUAAGGACCAGGAACACUUGUACAGGGACCGAAAAGGCCUGUACACAAUCAAUGUACAAGCGAUCUGUGAUUCUGAGGGUGCCAUUAACCAGCUGACAUCGAAAUGGCCCGGCAGCACCCACGACAGCUUCAUCUGGGCAGACUGUGGCUCUGGGUAUGCCUUAGAGCCAUGGCUGCUCACCCCUGUAAGGUCUCCGGUAGGCCCUGCCAAUGAGCAGUACAACUCGGCCCACACUCGGAUGAGGCAAGUCAUUGAGAGGACCUUCGGGGUUCUCAAAAGACGCUUCAGGUGCCUGCACCAGUCCCGGGGUGCUCUACAGUACAGUCCGCUGAUGUGCACCAAAAUAGGGGUGGCAUGCGCCAUGCUGCACAACAUGUGUGUGCGACAAGGCAUUGACUUCAACUUUCCUGAUGGCACACCACUGUGA